ACAUUGAUAUGUGUCUGUAGAUAGCUACACAUAACUUCUCUUCAAAAUUUAAAUUUGUUUGGAUUUUUCAUCAAGAUGGCUACUGCAGGCAAGAAAGGGAAAAAGAAUAAAGGCACUGUUAUUUCGUUGCAAUCGUUCCUCUCCAAUGGUGAUACACCCGUAGGAACAACACAAGUUUCAAAAAAAGUUAGAAAUUUGGAUGGUGAUGAAAGUGAUGAUGGAAGCCAUGCGUUACCUUUAGUUUAUCAGUUACCAACCGCGCCUAGAGCAAAUAGAAUAUUCGAUGAUGAUUCUAUCCCUCAUAAGCCACCCUUUAUAGCUUAUAUUAACAACUUACCAUUUGAUGCCAAUGAAGAGGAUAUAUACGAUUUCUUUGGGAGCAUCAAUCUCGCUUCAUUAAGGCUGCCACGGGAAGAUGGUGACACUGGUCGAUCUAGAGGAUUUGGCUAUGUAGAAUUGGAAAGUAGGGAGGACUUAAUAAACGUGCUAAGUUUGCCGGACCCCUCGAUUAAAGGUCGCCGCAUUCGAAUUGAAUUAUCUAAUGAAAAUGAUCAACAAAAUCGCCAGAAAGGCAAUCGUCGUUUUGAAGGUUUUGGAAAUACAAGUGAAAAUCGUGAUUCUGGAAAUUGGAGACGAGAUAGUCAAAAUAAUGGAAGUAGCUUUGGGGGAUAUUCUGGAAAUUUCGAUCGCAGUUUUAAUCGUGAACGAAAACCAAUUGCAGAAAGAGAAGAAAAUAAUACUCCAGGUUCAUGGCGUACAAAUACCCGGCAGCCGUCCACAGAUUUUUCGCCUCCGCGUAGGGACCGUGACACACGUGAAACAUCUGAUAAAUAUCGCGUUCGAAAUGAUGCUAAUGUGAGAGAAGAUUCUGCUACUUCUGAAGAAAGGCCAAAACUAAAUUUAAAACCUCGAACUCUACCAAUGCCGGAGAUAGUAACUAAACCAGAUGAUGAUGAUCAAGUCAACGAAAUUGAUAAAAAAGUCAACAAUAAACCAAGUGGUUUACCUUCGGUAAAUGUGUUUGGGUCGGCGAAACCGGUAGAUACCGCUACAAGAGAACUAGAAAUUGAAGAACGUUUAGCAGAAGCUCGACGACAAGAAAAGGUACGUUUUGACGAAGAAGUUAUAAGUGAAAAGCUGUCGGAAGUUCAGCUCGACAAAAAUGAUAGUGAAAAUGCUAAUGCGGGAACUAUAAGUUGGCGCCGUACCCAAGAAAUUAGUGAUGAUACCAAAGUUAGUCAAGGUGAACGACGACGCGAAGAUCAAGAUUACAAUAGAUUGAACAAACCGCGGGAGCGAAAUGACAGAUUGGAGAACACAAAGGCAAAACAUAAUCAGAACAAUGAAGGAAAAAUUAAGGAGGAAAACAAAAAUAAACGGGAUCCUCGAAAUGAACGUCUUCAGGCCAAGAAUACACCUCAGCAGUGUGAACCUAUUUUGCAGUCUUCCAACAAAUAUUCUGGACUUGACGAUGAAUCAUCCGAAUAAAAACUAUUUCUAUAUUUGUAAUAAAUGAUUAAAAUAAAAAAAUUAACGAACACAUUU